GGCCGGGGCGCGGGAGGAGGCGGCGGCGGGUGAGUGCGGGGCGGGCUGGGCCGCGGGGCCGGGUCCGUGUGUGCAUCCGCAGCAGCGUGCGGCGCCGUUGCGGGUGUCCGUUCCGGCCGUUGCUGUAAGGCAGGCGGCAGUGGAGCUUCGCCUCGUGCCCGGGGUCUCCGUCCGGGGCGUUCGGCGGAACACGCUCCGCGCCGUUCUGAGCCGGGUUCGAACGGGCAGCGCUCGCAGCGCUUACCAGAGAAGCUAAAGAUGAGUCUACGGAAGCAAACCCCCAGUGACUUCCUAAAACAGAUCAUUGGCAGGCCAGUUGUUGUAAAAUUAAAUUCUGGAGUUGAUUAUCGAGGUGUCCUGGCUUGCCUGGAUGGGUAUAUGAAUAUAGCUCUGGAACAGACUGAAGAAUAUGUAAAUGGACAAUUAAAGAACAAGUAUGGGGACGCAUUUAUCCGAGGAAAUAAUGUAUUGUACAUAAGCACACAGAAGAGGAGGAUGUGAAGAUGCCAGAAGGAGGCAGUUUUGUACUUGUGAACCUCUUCGAAAUGAUGAGCCCUCUUUGAUUUGUACUUAAUAAUCCACAGAUGAAAUACACAAGUGUUUAAAUAUUUUUUUUAAAUAAAUGUAAACCAGUGUAAACUUCCUGGAUAUUUUUGUUUCAAAGCAUUGCUCGGUUACGCUGCCCAGAAAAAAAAUAAAGAGAGAAGCACGUAAUAGUGCCACAAGACUA